UUUUCUUUUUCUUUUUCGUCAUACAUUUCUUUUUACUAGUACUGGAGUGCCUUUUAAUCCUCAUUAAUAUCGAUCGGGUCCAGACGCAGACGAAAUUUUCCGCAUCUGUUCAUACGCAAGAAAUUCUCUCUCCUGUUUAUAACUCCAGAAAAUCUCGAACAUUGCUGAAUUCGAACUCUGUCGGCCUUUAUCGAUCCAAUAACCAUCGGCGUACUUCCUUUUCAUCCCUCCGCAUCCGUGAAGUGGUUUGUGUCUGUUUAAUAAUGCGUUGAUCUGCGAAGAUUUCCGUGAAAUUCGUCGUCAAUUAGCGGCGGUUGACCUGGAAAAUACAGCUAUGGAUCAAUUCGAAGCGUACUUUCAGAGAGCGGAUUUGGACCGUGAUGGCAGGAUCAGUGGUGCUGAAGCUGUUGCUUUCUUUCAAGGAUCCAACUUGCCUAAGCAAGUUCUCGCUCAGAUAUGGAUGCACGCGGAUCAUGCUCGUACUGGUUUCCUUGGCCGGGCUGAAUUUUCCAAUGCACUUAAACUAGUAACCGUGGCACAGAGUAAGCGCGAACUAACUCCGGAUAUGGUAAAGGCGGCUUUAUAUGGGCCUGCCUCAGCUAAAAUCCCUCCACCGCAGAUUAAUCUUGCGGCUAUCCCAGCACCUCAGCAAAAUUCAUUAGCUCCUGCACCUACACCGCAGAUGGGUCCAGUUGCUCCAACAUCCUUGCAAAACGUUAGUUUCAGAGGACAAGUACCUCCAAAUGCGACUAUGAACCAACAAUAUUACCCAUCGCAAGGGAAUCAGACAAUGAGGCCGCCUCUUCCUCCAUCUUCCGUCAAUGCUGCCCGACCACCUCAAGCCGUUCCAAGUCCUGAUCUCUCAAGAGGAGUUAGUGUGGCUGGUCCUACUACUGCAAACUCAAAUAUUGCAAGCAAUUGGCUUGGUGGAGUUUCAAGCGGUGCAUCUCAUGUCCCUAACCAAGGAAGUACUCAAUCAAUGCCCUCUACCGGAGCUAGGCCACCAUAUUCACUUUCAUCACCUUCAUUACCAGCAACGAAGGAUUCUCAAACAUCAGCUGGUUCUAGGAAUGGGAUUGCUUCUGAUGCAAUGUUUGGAGGGGACGUGUUUUCUGCCACCCAACCUUUACCAAAGCAUGGGGCGCCAACAUAUUCUGUGAGCAGUUCACCUGCAUCAUCCACAGUUGUUCCUGUAUCUGCUGGGCCCCAAUCUUCAACUAAGUCGGACCCCUUUGAUUUGCUGCAAAGUUCUUUCUCGCAACAGCCUGUGGGAAACCAGUUGCAGCACGCUCAGACACCUUCGAAACCGAGCCAACAUGUUUCAGUUCAUAAGGCUUCUUCAGUUCCACCAUCAGUAGUUCCAGGUGGGCCAGGAAAUUCUGAUUCCAACCAGUCCCAGCUUUCAUGGCCCAAAAUGACGCGAGCUGGUAUUCAAAAGUAUACAAAAGUGUUUAUGGAUGUAGACACAGACAGAGAUGGGAAAAUCACUGGUGAUCAGGCACGGAACCUAUUUUUGAGUUGGAGACUUCCAAGAGAGGUCUUGAAGCAGGUUUGGGACUUAUCUGAUCAAGAUAAUGACAGCAUGCUCUCUUUGAGGGAGUUCUGCAUAGCUCUCUAUCUGAUGGAGCGAUACAGGGAAGGAAAUCCUCUUCCACCAGCACUUCCAAGUAAUAUUUUGCUUGAUGAGGCUCUUUUGUCUAUGACUGGUCAGCCCAAUGCUGCUUAUGGAAAUGCAACUUGGGGAAACCCCGCUGGUUUCAGACCACAGCAAGGGAUGCCUGUUGUCCAACCAAUGGCACCUGCAGCUGGUUUGAGGCCUCCAGUGCCUGGAAUGCUUCAGCAGAAUGCAAGAGUGCCAUCGAUGGGAGGUUCCCCAGUAAACCAACUCAGUAAUGGGGAACAAAAUUCGGCAGAUUCAAAUUUCCACGAGUCUGCAGAAACAGAAAAAAAUGUUGAAAACAAGGAGAAGGUUCUUCUAGAUUCUAGAGACAAGAUUGAGUUCUACCGGACAAAAAUGCAGGAUCUGGUACUAUACAAAAGCAGAUGCGAUAACCGACUCAAUGAGAUAACAGAAAGGGCCUUAGCAGAUAAGCGUGAGGCCGAGUUACUUGGUAAGAAAUAUGAAGAGAAGUACAAGCAAGUUGCAGAGACAGCCUCAAAAUUAACAAUAGAAGAGGCUGCGUUUCGUGAAAUUCAGGAGAGGAAGAUGGAGUUGCAUCAGGCAAUCAUUAAAAUGGAACAAGGUGGCAGUGCAGAUGGUAUUCUUCAGGUUCGUGCAGAUCGUAUACAAUCAGACCUUGAGGAGUUAAUUAAGGCUUUAACUGAACGUUGCAAGAAACACGGGAUGGACAUUAAAUCCAUGGCAGUAAUUGAACUCCCCACUGGCUGGCAACCUGGAAUUCCAGAGGUAUCAUCUGUUUGGGAUGAAGACUGGGAUAAAUUCGAAGAUGAAGGGUUUUCAUUUGACGCUGCCAAGACCAACUCCGUUUCUGUCGAGAAAGAAAAUGGUUAUCCAAAUGAUAGUUUAUCCCCUGAUUCAUUGCCUCAUGCUGACGUUAUGUCAGAGAAAUCUUUCAGUAAAAGUGGUCCUGCCUUUGAGAGUGAAUCAGCAUACACUCAUAGUGAUGAUGAAUCAGGAAAAAGUCCAUCUCAAGACUACUCAGAUAACCAUUUCUCAAAGAGUCCUGAAGCAGAUGCAGAAAGCCAUAGAGGAUUUGAUGAGCCAUCCUUUGGUAGCUUUGAUAAUAAUGACGAUGUAGAUUCAAUAUGGGGUUUUAACCCUGUUAAUACCAAGGACUCGGGUCAUGAAAAGCAUUUCUUUGACGAUUCUGUCCCUAGCACUCCAUUUUCCAGGGCUGGUAAUUCCCCACCAAGCUACGGUGUUGGAUCAGUGGACCCAUUCUUCGACAGUUCCUCUAGGUUUGAUUCCUUCAGUAUGCCUGAUGAUGCAUUUUCUCCUCGACGGGAGACCUUCUCAAGGUUCGACUCCAUGAACAGUAAUCAAGGAACUCUCACAAGGUUUGAUUCCGUAAACAGUAAUGUAGGCUAUGACCGCAGUAGGUUCUCUUCUUUUGAUGAUAAUGACCCGUUUGGAUCAAGUGGUCCGUUCAAGGUCUCGUCGGAGAGUCAAAAUCCAAGGAAAGGUUCGGACAACUGGAACUCCUUCUAACUGGGUGCUUAUCAGCCUCCAUUGCCUCUUCUAUCAGCAUUCUUCGUAUGGAUGAUGUGCCGAGUUUUGUUUUCUGUAUAGAAUGAACGAGAGUUAAACAGAGUUGGACUAUGCAAAGUUUUGGUGUUGGCCUUGCUGUGUUUAUGCCUGAAAUAUAUAUCUUUUUCCGGCAUGCCAUGAUUGAAGGGAAAAACGUUCAUGCUCUUGUGCUGCUUUGGUAUUCCAAUUCGUUCGAAGACUCGUACGAAAAAAGAAAGGUCAAUGCCUACGAGACGUGCAGCUCCCGUGUAUUCUUUGUAUCAUUUAUGCCCUUGGUAAUUGUGUGGUUUUAUAGCGGUGUUCAUAUCAUGUUUGUUGUCUCUUAUAAAUUUUGAACUCCAGAUUUGUACACUGUUGUUUCUCCUCGAGUCUAUGAAGAGCAUGUUCAUAGAACACUGGCGAAGGACUUGUCAUUUUAUAUCGUUUGUACCCCUACAAAUUCUGUUAAGGUUCUAUUGGCCAUGCUGAUUAAGAGCUUUGAUAUGAUACCCUGCUAUGGGACAGUUUUCUGCCA